ACUAGUGCUGUAGUGCUGGAUCGCAUCGUCGGUCCACAAGCAGCACCUUGUUUUCUUUGCGUGAUUUCUCCGGUGACGGAGCUGAGCAGGUCUGUCGGCAGGCUCGCCAUUAUUGUGUAGCGGGCGCCCGCUCUCCCGGGGAGCUCGCCACUCCGAGGUCAACAACACGGAGCGAGCCUUGAACCGUGAAACGGCGGACGGUCAAAAGGCGCUCCGCUGCCUCCCGUUCUGGUCCCGGUGAAGGUCGACCGCAGCCGGGUCACCUUUGAACCUCACACACCUCAAAACAUCAUGACGUACAGCAUGUUGUGCUGAGAGGGAAGGAUUACAUCCGACGGCCUACUUUAUAAAUGAGAAACAAACAUUUCCUUUCAUGGCUCCUCUCCCUGAGCAGCAUCCCGCCUUCACAGCCUUUUGUCAGCUCGGUCUUGUGACUUAAAAAAGAAAAGGGGGAAGUGUCUGUGAUGUGAAUGUAGGCCACGACUCCGUCUUCUUUAUGCUUAUUUUCUUCCCCUGCAAGCUGGGAUGAUAAAUAAUGCACGCAGACCCUCCCUCCCUCCCUCUGCCCACACAAACCCCCCAGUCUGCAUUAAAAACCCCCAAUUUGAUGUUUUCUUUUUUUUUUCAGCGGGGCAUCCCCCCUUCUUCCUCUCUGAACUCCCACCAUGCUCACUUUUUAAUUCGGGCCCUGUCUUUAUACCCCGCACCCUCUGCAGCUCUCCGGCGCCCCCCCUCCCCCUCCCCCGCCCCCCGUCCCUCCCCCGGUCCCCCUCCUGUCCUUGUUUUAAGGAUCCCCUCGGUGUCUGAGCGGCGGUCUGCAGCGGGGCAGAUAAGACAGAUCCUCUGGCGCUCCGCUUCCAAAUGUUGCAGCAGGAACACGUGUGGUUCGUGAUGCAGUGUCCCCGUGUGACUCCAUACUGUGUGUGUGUGUGUGUGUGUGUGUGUGUGUGUGCAGGAGAAUAAUGCUGCAUCUGUUGUAGCUUCUCUCUUUUCUGUGCUUCUUUUGAUCUUUUUCCUCUGCUCUGAGUUCUUUGACCUUUUCUCCUGUUAUUUCUGGCUGUAUUAUUCUUUGACCUUCGUCCGUCUACUUCUCCGCUCUUCCAUCCUCUCUCUCUCUCUCUCUCUCUCUCUCUCUCUCUCUCCCUCUCUCUCUCUCUGUGGAGAGCUGGAGGAGGAUCUAUCGGUUAGUCCCAGCCCCCUCGUGCUCUGACUCGUCCACGCUGUGUGACAGAGGAAGGCUGGGCUGUCCCGAGCAUUAUCUAAACACUCACACAGCUUGUCACACACACACACACACACACACACACACACGCACACACACACUCGCACUGUCAGCUCAAGCCCUCUUAAAGCAGUUUUUUGUGGCGAGCUAACGACACACAGCUGUCUGUGCAGCAGGAGGACGAGAGGAGCAGAGAGGGAGGAGAGACGAGCAGGAGGAGGAGGAGGAGGAGAGGAAAACAAUCCCUCCAGCCGGCUCUGAACUUGAGUCUGCCUCUCCCGCCAGCCGGUGCCGCCGCUCCUCGGCUGGGUGUGUUUCCUGCUCCACUUCAGGACUUCUUCUUCUUCUUCUUCUUCUUCUUCUUGUGUUUCGGAGCGGGGCUGGGAGCAGGAGAGGGGCUGGAGUUCACAUGACAUAAUGGGAGUGAAUGGGUUGCCAUAGCGACUCAGCCAGGGAGCCCGACCCGAGCGGAGUGAAUGGAGGGAGCGCCUCGGACGCCAAGUCAACGAUAAACUAACGGGAGGGGAGUCACCGGAGAGAGAGGAGAGAGGAGGAGUGGUGGAGGACGGCGGCGGCGGCGGCGGAGCUGAGAAUGGAGGACGGCUUUUCCAGCUACAGCAGCCUGUAUGACACCUCAUCACUGCUGCAGUUCUGCAACGAUGACAGCGCGUCGGCGGCCAGCAGCAUGGAGGUGACGGACCGCAUCGCCUCCCUGGAGCAGAGGGUCCAGAUGCAGGAGGACGAGAUCCAGCUGCUGAAGUCGGCCCUGGCCGACGUGGUGCGCAGGCUCAACCUGUCCGAGGAGCAGCAGGCCCUGGGCUCCCGCCGCGGACCCACCAAAGCCAGGCCGAUGAUCGCAACGCUGCCUCUCCGGCCCACGGUCAACAACGGGACCAUCCUACCAAAGAAAGGCGGCGGCGGCGGCGGCGGCACGCUGCCCUCGCCGUCUGGAUCCGGAUCCAGGAAGGACAACAACGGCCCCGCCAGCAAGAGCACCGUGAGGAGGACCAACUCCAACGAGCACGUGGGAACGCUCUCCCGGAAGGACUCGGGCGACUCCAAAGGCAACCGAACCCGCGCCGGCUCCACCGGCAGCAACUCCAGCGGCAAGCGCAGCGACAGCAAACAGAGGGAUCCGGUGUUCAACGCAGAGGAAGGUUAUGUGAAAAUGUAUUUGAAGGGCCGUCCCAUCACCAUGUACAUGCCCAAAGACCAGGUGGACGGCUACUGCCUGGAGGCCCGGGCCGAGCUGCCCUGCAGCAAGCUGAAGCUGGACUGGGUUUACGGUUACCGCGGUCGGGACUGCCGCUCCAACCUGUACCUGCUGCCCACCGGGGAGACGGUGUACUUCAUCGCCUCGGUGGUGGUGCUCUUCAACGUGGACGAGCAGCUGCAGAGACACUACACCGGACACACCGACGACAUCAAAUGCCUGGCCGUCCAUCCCGAUAAAAUCACCAUAGCAACGGGGCAGGUGGCGGGAACCUCUUCAGACGGGAAGCUGGUUCCUCACGUCCGUGUUUGGGACUCGGUCAGCCUGAACACGCUGCACGUCCUGGGGACAGGGUUCUUCGACCGGGCCUUGGUCUGCCUGGCUUUCUCCAAGUCGAAUGGAGGAAACACGCUCUGCGUCGUGGACGACUCCAACGACCACGUUCUGUCAGUGUGGGACUGGCAGAGAGAGGACCGGCUGGCGGAGGUCAAGUGCUCCAACGAGUCGGUGUUCGCUGCAGACUUUCAUCCCACCGACAGCAGCAUCGUGGUGACUUGUGGAAAGUCUCAUCUGUACUUCUGGCACCUGGAGAAAGGCGCGCUGGUCAAGAAGCAGGGGCUGUUCGAGAAACAAGAGAAGCCAAAGUUCGUGCUGUGUGUGACCUUCGCUGAGAACGGAGACGCCAUCACUGGAGACUCCAGCGGGAACAUCCUGGUGUGGGGGAAAGGCACCAAUCGAAUCAGCCAGGUGGUGAACGGCGCCCACGAGGGCAGCAUCUUCGCGCUGUGCAUGCUGCGGAACGGCACGCUGGUGUCCGGGGGGAAGGACCGCCGCCUCGUCUCCUGGGACAGCGCCUACCAGCAGAUCCAAGCCGUGGAGGUGCCGGAGUCCUACGGCCCCAUCCGGACCAUCGCCGAGGGCCGCGGGGAGACCGUGCUCAUCGGCACCACCAGGAACUUCGUCCUGCAGGGCAGCCUGGACGGAGAGUUCGUGCCCAUCACGCAGGGCCACACCGACGAGCUGUGGGGUCUGGCCGUUCACCCCUGGAAGCCCCACUUCCUCACCUGCGGCUACGACAGACAGGUGUCUCUGUGGGACUCCAACUCCCAUCAGCUCAUCUGGACCAAGAUCAUGGAGGAUGCUGCUCAGGCUGCAGGCUUUCACCCCUCAGGAGCUGUGGUUGCCAUAGGAACGGUGACCGGCAGGUGGCUGGUUCUGGACACCGAGUCCAAGGAUCUGGUCACCGUGCACACGGACGGGAACGAGCAGCUGUCCGUCGUGAGAUACGGUCCAGACGGGAACUUCCUGGCCAUCGGGUCCCAUGAUAACUACAUCUACAUCUACGCAGUGGGAGAGAACGGGAGGAAGUACAGUCGAGUGGGGAAGUGCUCGGGCCACUCCAGCUUCAUCACCCAUCUGGACUGGUCCGUGGACUCCCAGUACCUGGUGUCCAACUCAGGAGACUACGAGAUCCUCUACUGGAUCCCGUCGGUGUGUAAGCAGGUGGUGAGCGUGGAGACCACCAGGGACAUCGAGUGGGCGUCGUACACCUGUCCUCUGGGCUUCCAGGUCUUCGGGCUGUGGCCCGACGGCUCCGACGGCACCGACAUCAACGCCGUGAGCCGGUCCAACGAUAAGAGCCUGCUGGUGACCGGGGACGACUUCGGGAAGGUCCACCUCUUUUCAUAUCCCUGCUCGCAGUUCAGGGCUCCCAGCCACGUGUACGGCGGCCACAGCAGUCACGUGACCAACGUCAACUACCUGUACGACGACUCCUGCCUGGUGUCGACCGGAGGGAAGGACAUGAGCGUCAUGCAGUGGAGGAUAGUCUGAGCCGCACGGCAGAGCCACGACGAGACGACUAAACUGCACUAAACUGAACCAAACUCACACACACACACACACACACACACACACACACACACACACAGCAGGAAGAGGAAGACGAACAGAAGACGUGCACUGAAGGAGGAGUCGGGUUCAGAUGCUUGAAUUACAGAAAACACAACCCUCUCUCCUCUCCCGCCUUUUCUCUCUUCACACUACAUGUAAAGAAACGACCUUCCUCUCAAACCCAGCGAGCGACCCGGAACCAAAGGCUGGACUCCGCCCCGACGCUGGCCCCGCCCCGGGGAGCCGACCCAGGAGACACGAGAGAGAGCAGUGGGGCUUUUUAAUUGUUGAACUUUCUUUUCAUUUUGUAUUUAACAACUCAGGAAAGCACUAGAAAAGUAAAAACUUUCCCUUUUUAUGAAGACGUCAGAGAGCGGCGUCCAAAUGAGACGUUCAGAGGGAACACAUUGGCACUUCGACACAGAUUCAAACCUUCAACCAAAACUGUCUUCAGCCACAGGAAAGCAGAUUUUACAGAUUUGAAAUUCCAUCGUCUGGUUUCAUGAUUUAUUGCAAAAUAAUCCAAACAUAUCCCGAGUGUUUGUGCUUCCACGUCUUAAAGAAAAGACUCUUCUCACCCAGUUUUACUGUUUUUCUCCUGAACUGAAUCGUGGUGUUUAGUGUUAGCCGGUGAGCGAUCCGGGAGGCCUGGAGCUGUUGUUGGAGUCUGUUUUCUGAUUUCUUUUUUUUUUUUUUUUUUUUUUGAACGAGUUGUGGGAUGCUUGUCACGUCUGUCUUUGUCCUUGACUGAAGAGAGUCAGAAUCAAGCAUAUUUAGCAUUUUCCCAGCGAUGCAAAGCCCUUUCAGACGCGUCUAUUGCACCGAGGUGAGUUUACAAAGCGGAGCGCUGAGACCAUUACACUGUAAUCAUCUGAUGUGCACAUCAGGCACUGGCAACAUAUUUAACUGAACUAAACCCUGGAGUGGUGGGAGGGGGGUGUUUUUGUUUUUUUUUUUUUCUAUGAUAAUGCACUGCUUCUGGCUGAACAUCAUGCAUCAGGUGUGCCAAUCUGUCCAGUGGAGCUCUUCAUGAACUGUCCGGAGCGUUUCCACUCCUGGAUUCAGCAGCAGCCACUAAAUAAAUGUGAUUUCUCUGAGGUGGGGUGGAUGGGUGUGUGGGGCGUGAGCGGGUUUCAGUGUGACCAGGACCGCUGCUGCCGGCUCUGAGAUCCCGGGAGCCGGGCGCCGGCCCCGAGGCCUGCAGGAGUUUGAUCAGGAACUAAAACCGCCGUGACUCUCAAGCGACUGCUCCACAGAGUGAAUGUAACAUGACUCGUCUUACCACUUAACACUCGCCGCUGCAAACACCAUUCAACACUUCACAUCUGUCUGAAAGUAAAAGAAACAUGGAAUUCC